AUGUCUUCUCACGGCAGCUCCAACACUGGGUCCAAGACCUCUACCGGCAUGGCAUCCGCAACAAGGACUCCCGCCACGGCUGGAAUCGGCGAGGACAAGCCCAAGGCCUUUGACGCUCAAGGAUCCAUCGGAAAGCAAUUCACUGAGCACGGUGCACUAGGCGGAGCAGCUCAGAGCAUUGGUGGUCCAUUUGACAAGGAGGGUGCAAUUGGCAAGCAGUUUACUUCAGAGGGAGGCAUUGGCGGGACUGUCCAAGAUGCAUUGGGUGGUACCAAGAAGAAGAGCAACUAA